AUGUUCAAAGCUAAAAACAAUGAUUUUGCGUUAGUCGAAUGUCCUGAUUUAGCUAAAUAUGGCGCUUGUCCCGUUGUUAAUUGCAUUUUUAAUCAUGACACCAAGAGAAAAGAACUGCCUACUGAAGAGCCCGAGGCUAAAAGGCUUAAGACUGAUGAUAGCCUUCCAGAUGACGAAACAAGCGAAGGAAAGGAUGUCGACUUCAUUAUAACCAAGGGGUUGACUACUGGCGUCGCUCUACCGAGAGACAAACGUAUGGAUGCUGCUAAGAGAAUAGCCUACUAUAUGAAGAAGAGGAAGCUUAGCAGUACUCCCAAUCGUUCAGCGGUAGAUAAGGAACACACGUUUGCCGCCGCCAGCAAAAGUUAUACCGAAUAUAAAGAUAAAGUCGACACUUACUUGGGGAAGGGGAAGGAAAACAAGACAGAUCCAAGGUUCAUCAUGCCCAAAGAAGUGAACCCUGCUCCAGAGAUGUUACCCCAAAGAAAGAAGUUUAUUGAGUAUCUCGUGGCAGCAAUCAAGAAGACACAGCCAGGUAACAAGACUCCAAUACUCGAAGGAACCGAAGAGGAGUACAAGAUAGCAUGCAAAUGUUCCAGUAAAGCUUCCUACUCCCACGCGAUCAAAAGACGGAUUUACGAACUUAAUCAUCCAGAAAGGGUUAAAAGUGCAGCUAAACCCACAUACAGCAAACAGGAUAUAUUGGCCGAGUUGAGGCGAAAUGUCAUAGACCGUGAAAAGCUCAUCAAAUUCGGGUUCAUCAUGGACUUUCCUAACGACAUACCCGAAUUCAAUCCUGAAAGGGUUUGCCAGCGCUGUAAAGUUGAGUUUAAACUUGAAGACGCCCUUAAGAAAGUCGAGUGCCGGUACCAUUCAGGAAAGCCCAUCAAGAACGACCACAAUGUGAGGAUUUACCUGUGCUGUGGAGGAGCCCUUGGUGCUACUGACACCGAGCCCUGUGCUCAAUGGGAUCGCCAUGUAUUCUACUGGCUGGGCCCCGAAGAAAUGCAUAAAGCCAUCCCAUUCGUUCAAACUGAACUGGUCUGGGGUUCGAAAAAAGGAAGUUUAGAAGCCGUCGGCAUAGAUUGUGAAAUGGGCUACACGGAUCGUGGAUUCGAGCUUCUACGCAUUACAGCUAUCGAUUUCUUCACCGGCGAAGAAGCAUUCGAUAUUCUAGUCAAACCAAAGGGCACAGUAAUUGAUUUGAAUACCCGCUGGUCGGGUGUUGCUGAGAUAAAGCCAGAGGCCGUUACUUUCGAGGAUGCUAUCGCAUUAUUGGGCGAGGUGAUCGAUUCCAACACCAUCCUUGUUGGUCAUGGUCUUGAGAAUGAUAUGAACGCCAUGCGUCUUAUUCACGACAAGAUUGUUGACACCGCCGUGCUCUAUCCUCGCAAUAAAACGUCACCCACGUUCCGUUAUGCGCUCAAAAACCUCGCCUUCAAAUACUUGGGCCGCAACAUUCAAGCAGGCCAGCACGAUAGUGGUGAAGACUCCAUCGCAGCGAUUGACAUCACCAAGUAUUUCCUUCAACAGGAUUUAGACAGAAAAGCAAGGGAAGUGCAAGAGGCCAACCAGGCCCAGCAAUCGGCUGAAUCAGGAGGAGCCGUAUUUCGAAGUCGCCGUGUCGACAAGCCUAACGGUUCCCAAGCAGAACAUACACCAUCUAAAGAAACGCUGUCCAAAGGAUGA